AUGCCGCUCUUUAGCUGGGAUAACGAGUGGGAGUACCGCUUCAUGGACGUAUUCCCUCAAUUCAACGAGGCAACCAAGCGUUUAGCUACAACCGAGAAGCAGCUCGGAAACGCUUCUUCUUCGGUCGUGAUUACCGAUGCCGGUUACGGCAACCUCGUUAGAGCCUUCGAUGUCUAUGACGUGAACAGCACAGAUGCCGAGAAGGACGCAGACUAUGAAAAGAUGACUAAAGGCAGUCUAAACGCUGGGUUUCCAUCAUGGUCGCCUGACGGAACCAAAGUAGUCUAUCGCCUCUGGGACGGCCAGAACGGUCCGCUGGGCCUGCAUAUUGUAGACCUUGCCAGUGGAGAAUCGACGCAACUGACCAACGGCUGGGACCAUACGCCAGGCUGGUCGCCUGAUGGAGAACUCAUUGUAUUUACUCGCCAGACGAAUUGGACCUCUGGGAGCAGCUGGGAUGCUGAUCGCUUCGACAUCUGCACCGUCAGGCCUGACGGAACCGACUUUAAGGUGCUCACCGACUCUCAAGCGAACGAUGCCCAUGCUGUAUGGUCUCUAGACGGACGAAUCUUGUACAGCAGUGGCAUGUUUGGCUUCCGUGACGAGAGCCCCUUGUAUGACGAGACCUUUCAACCUUACGGCCAAAUUAUCGUCAUGAACGCCGAUGGAUCAAACAAGACCAUGUUGACCGACAGUAUGUGGGAAGACUCCAUGCCCAUGUACGUGUGGCGGUCGGCCUUUGAGGAAAGGGCAUAG